AGAGGACAUGAGAUCGGAGAAAUCCCUUACGCUGGCGGCGCCGGGGGAGGUCCGUGGGCCGGAGGGGGAGCAACAGGAUGCCGGAGACUUCCCGGAGGCCGCUGGCGGCGGGGGCUGCUGUAGUAGCGAGCGGCUGGUGAUCAAUAUCUCCGGGCUGCGCUUUGAGACACAACUGCGCACCCUGUCGCUAUUUCCUGACACGCUGCUUGGGGACCCUGGCCGCCGAGUCCGCUUCUUUGACCCACUGAGGAAUGAAUACUUCUUCGACCGCAACCGGCCCAGCUUCGAUGCCAUCCUGUACUACUACCAGUCGGGGGGCCGCCUGCGGAGGCCGGUCAACGUGCCCCUCGACAUCUUCAUGGAGGAGAUUCGCUUCUAUCAACUGGGGGAUGAAGCCUUGGCGGCCUUCCGGGAGGAUGAGGGCUGUCUGCCCGAAGGUGGAGAGGACGAGAAGCCGCUACCCUCCCAGCCCUUCCAGCGCCAGGUUUGGCUUCUUUUUGAGUAUCCUGAGAGCUCCGGGCCCGCCAGAGGCAUCGCUAUUGUCUCCGUAUUGGUCAUUCUCAUCUCCAUCGUCAUCUUUUGCCUGGAGACCUUGCCCCAGUUUCGUGCAGAUGGUCGCAGUGGAAGCAAUGAUGGUGGUGUGAGCCGAGUCUCCCCAGUUUCCAGGGGAAGUCAGGAGGAGGAGGAAGAGGAAGAUGAUUCCUAUACAUUUCACCCGGGCAUCACCUCUGGGGGAAUGGGGACAGGAGGUUCGUCCUCACUCAGUACUCUUGGGGGCUCCUUCUUCACAGAUCCCUUCUUUCUGGUGGAGACUCUCUGCAUUGUUUGGUUCACUUUUGAGCUCCUGGUGCGCUUUUCUGCCUGCCCCAGCAAGCCGGCCUUCUUCCGCAACAUCAUGAACAUCAUUGACUUGGUGGCCAUCUUCCCCUACUUCAUCACCCUGGGCACUGAAUUAGUGCAGCAGCAGGAGCAGCAGCCAGCCAGUGGAGGGGGUGGCCAGAAUGGGCAGCAGGCCAUGUCCCUGGCCAUCCUCAGGGUGAUUCGCUUGGUCCGGGUGUUCCGCAUCUUCAAGCUCUCCCGCCAUUCCAAAGGGCUGCAGAUCCUGGGGAAGACCUUGCAGGCCUCCAUGAGGGAGCUGGGCCUGCUCAUCUUCUUCCUCUUCAUUGGAGUCAUCCUCUUUUCCAGUGCCGUCUACUUUGCAGAGGCUGAUGAUGAUGAUUCACUCUUCCCCAGCAUCCCAGAUGCCUUCUGGUGGGCAGUGGUUACAAUGACCACAGUGGGUUAUGGAGAUAUGUACCCCAUGACUGUCGGGGGCAAGAUCGUGGGCUCUCUGUGCGCCAUCGCUGGGGUCCUCACCAUUGCCCUGCCUGUGCCAGUCAUCGUUUCCAACUUCAACUACUUCUACCACCGGGAGACAGAGCAGGAGGAGCAAGGCCAGUAUACCCACGUCACUUGUGGGCAGCCUACACCAGACCUGAAGGCAACUGACAAUGGACUUGGCAAGCCGGACUUCUCUGAGGCCCCCCGGGAACGGAGGCCCAGCUACCUUCCCACUCCACAUCGGGCAUUUGCAGAGAAAAGGAUGCUCACAGAGGUUUGACCCAGGCGGGCAGAGACUACAUGAGAAGGGUGUACUAAGUGAACUAACUCUUAGGCUUCUUUCUCAUCCUCACAACUCUCACCCUAGAUCCAGCUGACCUCUUGACUCCCUCUCCCUACACCCAGUACAUGGCAACCAGGACCAAAUACCUGGACUGUCAACCUUGUUGCUUGACCUGAACAGCAUUCAAGGUUUAUCCAUCUAAGUGACAUUUUUGAAAUUGCAACGGUGCCACCCAAUCAUGUCCAUCUUCUGUCACGUGGAUGAGAUAUACUGUUCUGUCUGACCUUCCCUCAAGACUCUGAUUUUUCCUGUCUGGAACUUGUCUUAUCUUUAGGAGCAGAAACAUUAAUAGGAUGGAAAUCAGCCAUACUUGAGUCCUAUUACUCUCCUUAUUGUCCUUUGCUUUGGGGGGCAUGUACCUGUCUUAGCUUCUUGAUAACUGGUGGAAGCUGGAAGAUGGAAACAAUACUCAAUGUGCUGUUUCAUUCCAUGAACUGUAACACCUGCUGGUCAUCCUGCAGAGCACCCUCUAUACAGAUUUAGUUAUACAGCCUCAAAAUAUGUUAUCCAUUUCUAAUCUUGGAUGGAAUGAAAGAAAAUGCAAUUAAAGUGGAUGAUCUGGAGGACAUGAGGGUCAGUCCUGGACCAAGGGGCCAAAGGAUUCUCCCAGCUGUGAUCUGGUAUAGGAAACACUGGUCUUUGGUCUGCAUUUAGUCCUCCCCACUCUUAUCCCUGACUCUCUCUUGAGCUUCCAGGAAGGUUCCUUCUCAGAGCCAAAUACUCUUUUUGUGCAAGUGCCUUCCUGUGCAGAGGAACUGGAAACAGGACCUACAGAACCAGGAGAAAUGGCUGAAUAUAGUCAAGCAACUGGCUUGAUCACAAACCAGAAGCAAGGUACCACUAAGCAGAGAUUGUCAUUUUGGAGGGGCAGAGUAAUCUUGUUGCAGAUGUCAGGUUUUUUUCUCCCUCAUUUCACCAGAACCCUCUCUGGCUUUCCACUCUUCUUCCUGGGAAUUUGACUUAGGAUUUCAGGUGAAGGCUUUCUAAAGCAACCCCAGCUCAAAUCUGUAGACAGGUGAAAACACAUACUGAUUGCCAGUUUCUUCUCAUUUUAUGGGUAAUGACAUAUGUGGCUUAGGUUAAGGAACAAGCAUUAUUCCUUUGCUGACACUGGUAGGGGUUUUUGCUGAGUCAAGCAAACAUUCACCUGCUCGGCCCCCUGGAGCUGUAUCUGGCCUGCUCAAACUGGUAAGGUAAUCUGGCUGUUUCCCACCUGGACUCAGCCAUCCUCUUCCAUUGUGAAACUACUGCCAUCCAUCCCACCUGCCCACUUCCCUCUUUUCUCCCCGGUCACUUUACCCUUUGUUUCUUGCCUUUGAUAAACUGUGAUGUACUGUUUGAAUCUCUUCUGGGUGCAGUUCUGAAACUGAAAGGACUGUUACAAUGCUUUUAAUUUUAUAACUAUGCUUUAAGACUCUUAGAUGAAAAUUUUUAAAAAAUAAAAAUUCCCGAAGAGCAACUUCUGAGGGAUAGCCUUUGAGGGUUUGCUUGAGAGGCAGUGUAGCUUCUGUGAGUGCCAGACUGAAAUCUGGAUUUUGCCACAGCUUUACAGGGUAGCUUUGGCACCACAGUCCCUCUUUGUGCCUCAGUUUCCCCCCAUUAAAUGGGAACAUUAAUGUCUUCCCCUCCCUACCUCAUGGUGAAUGUCAAUGAGCUCAUCUGGGAAGCUGGGGAAGACACUAUGCACAUAUGUGAAUUAUAGUCGUUGAUUUGAUUUUUAGUUCAUUACCCUGUCUCCCCACCUCCCAGAAGUAAGACCCCCCCCCCAGAUUUUCUGCCUUGGAACCAAAACCCAAGAAUAGCCAUUCAUUAUGAGCUCUUCACUUCCUAAAUCCUUCCCUGGGCUCUUGGGCUGCGCCUCAGUCUUUUUUCUUACCCUUCCGAAUGGAGAAUCAUCUUUAGACAGGCUGGGUAGAUCCUUUUUAGGGCUGGAGGUCACCUUGCCUAGGAGAUUGGCUUCCUUAAACCUGAAACAUAGUAGGAGACAAAGGUGUUUAUGAUUCAGAAACCUGUUCCAAGGUCAGGAAGUGCUAUUUUUCCAAAUCUCUUCUGUUACUCCUGGCUAUUUGGGAAAAGAAGGGCCCAUGUCAGUAGCUAAAGGGAUGCCCCCUGUUGGGACAUGUAUGCAUGUAUCUGUAGAUAUGUGUAUGUGAUCAUGCUCAUCAUCAUCCCUGAGCAAACAUUGCCUUUUCAAAUCAGAGCAUGCCUGAAAGUAAAAGGUUUGUGGAGAGCUGGGAUCUCUAGGGACUCUGGUUGCCGUAGCAACCUUCCAGACUGUUCUCUCAGUCUUCUGAUUCGGGCAUCAAGGGAGAACAGACUACAUAUUCCCAGCUUCUCAAAUGGGAGCACCUUCUACUAUUGGUUUAGGGGCAGGUAGAGCCAGGACAGGGACACAGGACCUUGGAAAAUGUGGAGGAAACUAAACUUCUUGAACUUCCUCCUUGGAUUCUUCCUGGUUUCCCCUACCCAGUCCUUGAAGCUGCCUCAUCUUACCCCUGAGUCUUCAGAAACUUGAAUGCUUAGCAGCUGCCCAGUUAAACCAACAUCAAUGUUAUGCUUUUAAAAAUGACCAGGGGAGCCCUCAGAAUGGACAGUGUGUUCCUCCAGAAGCAGCCAGGCUGGGCUUUGCUGAGAACAGUCCUAGCCUUAGGUGUCAUGGAGUUCUCAUCUCCUAAGACAGAGGAUCUUCCCAGCUCUAAGAGAGACUGAGAGAAAUGAAGCCCCUUCUUCUCGGGGAGUAGUCGAGCUCCUGGGAGGGAUCUCACAGUUCUUCUUGAGACAUGGAAGAAAACCCGAAAGACUGUGGCCCAAUCUAGUUUCUGUGAAGGAUUUUGUCCAAUGGCCCCUCUCUGACUGUGAGUCUCUUUAUGUGGAUGUCGUGACCUGAGCAUCAGGAGAAUACGCACUGUGUGUUGCUGGCCCAGCUGGGAUGGGGACUCCCAGCUGUCAGGAAAGGUGGACUCUUUAUACCAAGCCAUCUUUAUACCUGACUGGAGCCGACAGGGGCUCCCAGAGGACUUCCUGGGACUGUCAGCCUCAGCCUGGACUGAGGGAUACUCCUUCUGCCCGAGAGCGUCCCUGAGGAGUGAGGAGGGACAGCUGGCUGUCUUUGUACCUGAGGGAAAAUGUGGGCACGGUGGUCCUGGAAAGGAGACUGAUGCAUACAUUUGUGGUAGUGGCUGAACAGAGAAGACCUGAACCCUCAACUUCCCUGGAAGACGAGACCCUUCCUUGGAUGACCCUGCCUGAUGGCCCUCGGGAGGCCUUGCACAAGCAGCAACCAGGACAGAAAAACUUGAGAUCGGACCCCCUGGAGUCAAAGAGGGGGCCCAGAAGGUUGGGGUGAGGCUGUUAGGAGAAGGGUAAAAGCUGGUGGUGUGGUCAAAAGAGACAAGGUAUGGGGAGGACUGGAGAUUCCAGAAAGUGCAUGGCAGAGCCGCAGACCCACCCAGGAGCAGGUGGCUGUGGAAAAGUAACAAAUAAAUAAAUGGCAGAGUC